GCCAAACCUCCGACCACCCCGAACAGUUCAGAAAAUCAGCCAGUAUGACAGAGGAUACACAUGGCGACAUGGAAAUUGACACCAAUGUCCCUUUAACGGAGCCUGCAAAGCGCAAAGCGCCAGAGCCAAAAACAAAAACUCUCCAUUUCACGUCGCGCAAUCCACCCUGGACAUACCUCAAGCUCAAGCUUGUCUCCCAACCAGGAAGUGCACCACAACCCCUCGAUCCCCUCUCCGCACGAACCUACCUCUCCUCCGCAUUAUCGCAAUUCCUCGGCCUUACAGGAACAGCCAUUCCGAUCGACAUCCUGAAGAUCGAGAAUGGAUCUUCCCCAACCACGAAGCACGACAUUGUGUGGAUUCGCGUCCCUCGCGAGGAUGCCUCGGCCGUCGUGAGCGCAUUGAGCUCAUGGAUUGGCGGCGGAAAUAAUUCGGCAGGCUCUGCGGAUGUUGCAUGGAGGGUUUGCGCCAAGGGAAACUUCCUAGGCGCCCUGGUUGCCGGCUCUGGGGCCGAUUUGUUCGUUCCUUAG